AUGUUACCAAGCUGUACCAGAAGAUCACUACCUCCGACACUAAAACAAAUCCUCUCUUCUCACGUCAAAAGUGGAGAAAGGACAGAAAGUAAUGUGAAGAUUAACGGUUGGUUGAAAUCUGUCAGAGGUCAUAAAAAUGUUUUGUUCGGUCAAGUGGAUGAUGGGUCUGAUAGUGUUCAAGCUGUUUUCAAGGGGGAUAGUAGGGUAGAAGGAGAAUAUAGCUUGAUGAUCAGUUUGACCAAUGGAACAUCCGUCUCUUUGUCUGGAAGAUUAUCCCCUUCUCGCGGUCCGGGACAAACGGUAGAAUUGUUAGUGGAGGAAACUACCAUUUUGGGGAGUUGUGAUCCAGAGACAUACCCUAUUCAGAAGAAACAUAUCCCUGCUCCGGUCUUGAGAGAUCUAGCACAUCUUCGAUUCCGAACCAGUCAAAUGGCAAGCGUUAUGCGUGUUAGAGAUGCUAUGAUGCGUGAUUGGCAUGAAUGGUUUGAGAAAAACGACUUUGUACAUGUUCACACGCCCAUCUUGACCAGUUCGGAUUGCGAAGGUGCUGGAGAGGUAUUCACUUUAUCUGAUUCCCAUUCUGACCAGCUUGGAGUCUCAAAGCCCAUGGUUUCCUCUUCACACACCACGAUAUCCUCACCAAGUUUCCCCCUCCCAUCUCCACCGAUUCUCCCGUCACCCUCUCAUCCGACCCAGCCAACUGCCCAACCCAAAACCGAACCAUUUUUCCUCACUCCUGUAAAUCUCACAGUAUCUUCUCAACUUCAUCUCGAACCUCCCACUCUAUCCCUAUCCCGAACUUACACCCUUUCCCCAUGUUUCAGAGCCGAACCAUCUCUCACUUCCCGACACUUAAGCGAAUUCUAUAUGCUAGAAGCGGAACUUUGUUUCAUCGACACCAUCGAACAAUUAUGUUCCGUAGUUGAAGAAAGUAUAGUAUCAACAGUCCAAGCUAUUUUGUCCGAUACACCUCGAGGAAAAAAGACGAGACAAGAUCUUUUAAGGAUCCGAUCGAGUUUAGUAGAUAAUGGACAAUUAACGAAUUCUGAAAGAGGUUUAGAACAUUUGGAAAAAGUCGCUGAAUGUGGAUUUGAAAGAUUGAGUUAUACGGGAGCUUUGGGAAAGUUGAAAGAGGGAUUUGGGAAUGUUAUUUGGGGAGAAGGAAUUUCUUCAGAAGGAGAAAAAUGGUUAGCUGAAAAAGGUCCGGUGUUCAUAUAUGAUUAUCCAAGGGUUUUGAAACCGUUUUAUAUGCUUCCUGCUUCUUCUUCUUCUCCUUCUUAUCCCUCUUCCCCAUCGCUUUCUCCUUCAUUUCUAUCUGUAGCAUGUUUCGACCUUCUUUUCCCAUCCAUAGGUGAACUUGCCGGUGGUUCUCUCCGAGAACAUCGUCUCCCUCAACUCAUCUCCGCCUUGGAACAAAAUGGAAUGGAUAAAAAAGCGUAUGAAUGGUAUCUCGAUACACGUCGUUGGGGAUCUGUACCACAUGGAGGUUGGGGAAUGGGUUGGGAUAGAUGGAUUUGUUGGGUUACUGCGAUUGGGAAUUUAAAAGAUGUUGUCGCUUAUCCAAGAUGGAAGGGACAUUGUAAAUAUUAA